UUACGAAUAGCGCUAAAUACGAGUUCACUUGUAUCUAAUAAAUAAUUGCAAGUAUAAAAAUACAAAUAUAAAGUUUAUGUCAACAGUUUCUCUAUAACAUGACUAUAGUAAAUUAUUCAAUUCAGUAGCAAGAGCGCAGUGUUUGUGGAAGUGUAUUACAAUCAGAAUGUGAUGAUUAUUUUCCAAGGACGUACAUUUUGUCACAAACAUUGUCAACUGAGUUUCCUAUUGUGAUAUGCCGCAUGCCAUUUGGGACAGAGCAGGAAACGUAAUGCAAUUCUUUUGACAUCUUGAUAUCCGAGCAACCUUCCAAAGAGAUACUUUUUAUUAUAUAAUAUAAGAUUCUUUAAUCUGUUGUUUGAACAAUGCUGGUCCGACCCUUAUCACCGGCGUUGGCGGAGAAGGCCCGAAUAGAAUUGAGUGAAGACCCCAAACGACUAGAAGAAAAUAUUCGGCAUUUGAAGCAAUGGAUUUCGAAACAACCACAUUUGAGAGCUAGAACAGAUGAACAGUGGUUGGCCGCAUUUCUGAGAGGAUGCAAACACAGGCUGGAACAAACUAAAGCUAAAAUUGAUCUUUACUACUCAUUCAGAAGUAAAGCGCCAUAUUUAUACAGCAUCAAAUAUAAUGAGCCUAAGUUUAUGGAUAUUAUGAAUUUAGGAGCUGUAUUAAUUUUGCCGAAAACGCAUAAACCAGCUGACCCAAGAGUCAUUUUAUAUAGAAUUGGUCAAUACGAUACUAAGGAAUAUAGUGCAAUAGAGGUUAUGGCAGUCCUAGGUCUUCUGGAGCAGAUAUGCUUCAUGGAGGAUGAUAACUUGGUAGUAUCAGGAACUGUAAACGUGAUCGAUUUAGCGGGCACAAGGUGGACUCAUUUUACACAGACGCCGAUAAGACAGCUCAAAAACUUGAUUCAAGCAAAUCAGGACGCUAUGCCAAUAAGAAUAAAAAGCGUACAUUUUCUAAAUGCCCCGUUGGUUUUUUCGACGUUUUUCAAUAUUUGCAAGAGGUUCCUCAGUGAAAAAACUAAAAGCAGGAUUAUGGUGCAUAGUAAAAGUAAUGAAGCACUACAUCAAUUUGUGCCAAAAGAGAUACUGCCACAGGAAUAUGGUGGUACUGGUGACAGUAUCCAACAAAGUAUAGCCUAUUGGAAAGAGAAGGUGCGGAAGUACAAUUCUUUUCUAGAAGAGGACUUGAAGUACGGUUGUGAUGAAUCCAAACGUCCAGCAAAAACUCAGCAAAUUACAACCGUUGAAGAGCCAUUCAGACGAUUAGAACCAAUAUCAAUGAUACGUGAACUGAAUCCAAAGUUGGCUGAAAUAGCCAAAAUAGAGCUGAACGAGAACCCUACGCACGUGGAAAACGACUUGCGGCAUUUAAAAGAAUGGCUUGCCAAACAGCUUCAUUUAAAAGCUAGAACAGAUGACCAGUGGUUAAUUGCGAUUCUCAGAGGAUGUAAGUUCAGCUUAGAACGGGCGAAAACUAAGUUGGAUUUAUUUUAUACCUUGCGAACCACAGCGCCCGAAGUCACAUUGAGGCUUAAACCAACGGAGGCGGAGUUUAUGGACUUUUUGAGACUAGGGACCUGUGUUAUUCUACGGCAGCCGAAGGAUGCUCUACAUCCUUGUGUAAUCUUAAUAAGAGCGGGAGAGUACGAUCCACAGAAGCAUAAUGUUGCGGAUAUCAUGUGCGCACUAUAUUAUUUAGUACAGAUUUUAGUUAUAGAAAAUGAUACAGCGACAGUGAUGGGAACUAUGAUAGUCGUCGAUUAUGAAAAGGUUACUCUCAGUCACUUGACGCAGGCUAGUCCGAGCUUAUUGAAGAAACUUGUGGCUGUUAGUCAGGAUUCCCUGCCACUCCGUCUAAAAGGCAGUCAUCAUGUAAAUGUUCCUGCCGGGAUAGAAAUUAUUUUUAAGUUAGUCUCAGGAUUUUUGGGUGAAAAAGCUAGAAAAAGAUUAAGAAUAUACAAAUCUAACGAGGAGUUGCUGAAAAACCUACCAAAAGAAGUCAUACCAGUAGAAUAUGGUGGCAGCGGUGGUACCAUUAGUGAAUUAAUUGAUUACUGGGCGAACAAAAUUCAAGAGUAUAAACCAUGGCUGGAGGAAGAAAUGCAGUUCGGCACGGACGAGUCCAAGCGAAUAACAAAAGUAAAAAAUAACAGUAAUCAAGGAUCUUUUCGCAAGCUUGAUAUUGAUUGAUUAUUGUAAUUUUUUUGUUAUAUAAAUAAAAGUUAAUUAUAAACGUGUUUUAUAGCACAGAGCACUAUCUACCUAUGUGUGGUAACAACAUAGAUAUUAAUAACGAGACACUAUAAAUGAUGUGUACGCGUCACGACACACGCGAACGAGACUCAGCGCACUCGAAUUUGUACACAACAUUUGAAACAGAUAGCCAUCUCAUCUAUUGUAAUUUUUAUACUACGUUGUCUCUUACUCUCUAGAACAAUAAUUAGAGUACGCUGUGUUGAAAAACGUAGUCUUGUUAUUACAUUUCUACGGUGGGUAACCCUUUGUAAUUUAAUACAUUGCACAUUAUCAAAUGUUCAUUUAAAUAUAAUAA